AUGGAAGUCAAAGAAGAAGUAGAUGAAGUUGACGAGACAAGGAAGAGAAAACAGACGGCGAUCAAGGAGAGUGCGAUCCUGGUCUAUUCGAAGAGCUACUGUCCGCACAGUCGCCGGGCGAAGACGAUCCUGGCGCGGGUCCCGGACAAGCCGAGCGAGGCGCGAGUGAUCGAGCUGGAUGAGCUGGGCGAACGCGGGGUGCAGAUGCAGAGCUAUCUGGCCGAGCUGACCCACCAACGGACGGUGCCUAAUAUCUUCAUCCAUCAGAAACAUAUCGGCGGGGCUGACGAUCUCAGUCAUCUGGACCAAGCGGGGGUCUUGCGAUCAUUGAUAGUGGACCAUGAUUCUUCACGAGACACCAAGUCUUCCUCCCGGAUCUUCAAACGACAGCCCGAUCUCAAAACGCUCCACGAAGGGGUCAGUUACCCGCUCCUGCUGCUCCUCUUGCUCGUCAUCCUCGCUGGGAUCGGCUAUCGGAUCAAGUCGCGUGCUUGGAUCGCUCCAGUCCCUCAGAAACAGAAGCUUUGA